AUGACAGCAUCUGAUCAACCUAGCAGCGAUUCUUUGACAGCUCUUGAUGCAAAGAUCAUCAAACAGAUUGAAUAUUACUUUGGGGAUGUCAACCUUUUGAGGGACACAUUUCUCAAGGAGAAAAUUCAAGAGGAUGAUGGCUGGGUGACCAUGGAGACCAUGCUAAAGUUCAACAGACUCAAGGAGAUCACCAGUGAUGCCCAGGUGAUUUGUGAGGCCCUUAAAAAGUCAUCCAGUGGUCUGAUGGAGGUGAGCGAGCAGGGAGACAAGAUCAGAAGAAGUCCCUCCAAGCCAUUGCCAGGUGACACCAAGGAGAGACGUGAAGAGAUCCUCGCCAGAUCCAUCUACGCUAAAUCAUUCCCGCUGGAUGUCAAGUUAGAUGACCUGCAACAGUUCUUUGAAGGGUAUGGUCAGGUCGACAAUGUCUACAUGAAGAGAGACUUUCACAAGAAAACUUUCAAGGGAUCUGUGUUUGUCAUUUUUACUAACAAGGAGGAUGCUGAGAAAUUUGUCAGCGAAGAAGGCACAAAGUUUAGAGACCAGGUGUUAGAAGUGAAAUCUUUCAAAGCGGAUUACUUCAAAAACAAGGCCGCAGAGAGAAAAUCAAAGGGCAAGAAGGACACAGAGGGGAAACCAGACAAGAAGAGUGAAAUCAAGACAGAGGUAGAGGCAGAAACAGAGCUAGAAGAGAGGGUCAGACAACAGAUGACCAAGAAUGCAGUUCUACAUCUCAAAGGUUUCAGCGCGGACACCAGCAGAGAGCAAGUCAAGAAAUGUUUCCAGCCAUACGCUGAUGUCGGAUGGGUAGAUUUUGACAAGGGUGCCACUGAGGGUUACAUCAGACUUCGAGAGCCUGACAGUGCAGGUCCCACACUUGAGAAAGCCAAAGCUGCAAAUGAUGGAAAGAUUGUAAUCCAAGAUACAGAGAUUGAAGUUCGAGUUGUUGAAGGUGAUGAGGAGUUGCAGUACUGGAAGAAAAUGUUCAAAGAUAUUGCAGACAAAAAGAAAGGUGGAGGGAAAGACAGAAGACAGGGUGGCAGAAGUCAGAGGGGUGGACGGAAUCAGAGGGGUGGAAGAAGAAACAGAGGAGGGCCACAGGGCAAACGGAAAUUCAAUAAAAAGGAUGAAGAUGAAGGAGGUAGCGAUGGAGAUGAACAAGUCAAAGAAGAGCCGUCAGCCAAGGUCAUCAAAACUGAGGAGGAGGUUUAA